GAUUGCACUCAAUAGAUAUAUCAUUUAGCAAAGAAAUAAUUAACCUGCUAUCAAUCCUAGAGAAAAACGCACAAAGGGAUACUGUCUCUUGUUUUUAUCCUUGCGAUCUGAAUUUUGCAUUUUCUUUCGAUCUAAAUUUUGCAUUUUCAUCCUGAUAUGCGGAUAGCCAUUUAAAUCUCUAUAUUCGCCUGUUCCAGAGAAGGAGGAGAAGAAAAGCACUUUGCUUUGGUGUUUUUCUUCUAAUUUUCCAGAUUAAGGGUCGUUCAUAAAGUCAGGCAUGUUAAAACAAUGGCAGCCGUGGCAGCUCACCAGCUGAGUCAGUGCAUCACUUGCCAUGCUUGGAAUGCGGAACUUUCCAUGGUUGCUGUUUGCCCUAACAACAGUGAAGUGCAUAUUUACAAAGCAUCACCAGAUGGCAGUUCUAUAUGGAAUAGAAUACAUAUUCUUCAGAAGCAUGAUCAACUUAUAUCAGGGAUUGACUGGGGUAUGAGAUCAAAUAAGAUUGUUACUGUGUCACAUGAUAGAAAUUCGUAUGUUUGGAGCUUAGAGGGUGUGGAAUGGUUGCCAACACUUGUGAUUCUCAGACUCAAUCGUGCUGCUAUUUGUGUUAAGUGGAGUCCAAGAGAAAACAAGUUUGCUGUUGGAAGUGGAGCUAAAAGUGUUUGUAUUUGCUAUUAUGAACAAGAUAAUAACUGGUGGGUCAGCAAGCUUAUCAGGAAAAAACACAACUCAUCUGUGACAAGUGUUGCAUGGCACCCGAACAAUGUUCUUCUUGCAACAAGUUCUGCAGAUGGAAAGUGCCGUGUAUUCUCUACAUUCAUCAAAGGAGUUGAUACAAGGGAUUCAACAGUCAGCCCUUUUUGUGACAUGAAGUUUGGCGAGCAAGUGGUGCAGCUGGAUCUUGCUUACAGUUGGGCUUUUGGGGCUAAGUGGUCUCCAAGUGGUAACAGCUUAGCUUAUGUAGGACAUAGUUCGACAAUAUAUUUCAUUGAUGAUGUGGGGCCAUCGGCAGUGGCCCAGGAAGUAGCGUUUCGGGACUUGCCACUUCGUGAUAUAUUGUUUCUCUCAGAGAAGAUGGUGGUGGGUGUAGGGUUUGAUUGCAACCCAAUGCUAUUUGCAGCAGACAGCAAUGGGACAUGGAGCUUUGUAAAAUUUCUUGAUGAAAAAAAAUCAACUGCGACUACUUCAAAAUAUGGCUCACAGUUUUCAGAAGCUUUUGGAAAGUUUUAUGGUCAGGCAAAACAUGGGUCAAACGUUGAUUCUGUUGAACCAUCCAGGGCUCCUGGAGGAUCGCACGAGAAUUGCAUAACCUGCAUUGUUCCACUACCACAUCCAGGUGAAACAACUCUAAGGCAUUUCAGCACCUCAGGCAUGGAUGGUAAAGUGGUCAUCUGGGAAUUGAAUGAUUUGGAUAGCCAUUUUUCACAACUUGCACUGUAAGAGAUGUGUGCACGGCACUUGGAGAUAUGUUUUGCUCACUGGAUAAAAAUCUCUCCCUAAUUUUACAUGUCUUUAGCUUUUAUAUGUCAAAGUUCUCCUGCUGGUUUAGGAGCAAGUGACUUAAUUACUUUUAAUUCUCCUCUCUAAUUAUUUGUAUUUCCUUUUCUUUUUCCUUUUUUAAAUUUAUAAAAUGUAUUUAGGUCAUGUAUUAUAGCUAUAUAACCUACAGUUGGGAUAUUUGGAAACAUUAAAGCUGUACCAUUUGUAUGAAGUAUAUUAUUGCUUUC